AUGUCCAAUCAAUUGCCUCCGCAAAAUGAAGAGCUUACAAAGCCAAAUCCUCCAAAAGCUGAAAGCGAUGUACAAGGCUUCAAUUGGUGGAGGAGGACAUUUCAAUAUAAAACUGGACUCGGCCUUACUCCAGAGGAGAAAGUGCAAUAUGAGAAUGAUUAUAAAUUUGUACUACAACGCCAACAAUGUGAAAGCUGCUACCACUAUAGGGAUUGGUUGCUAAAGUAUUCACCAACGGUGAUCUUCAUGACGCAGCAGAUCGCAAAGCUAAAUAAUAAGCGCACUAAUACAGACGAUAUGAAGUUCGACGAAUCCAAGAUCAUAUGUGAUGUUUGUCCAGACUGGAAAUCUGGUGGUUUCCAUCCUGAGCUAGGUAUUUUGAUAUGUCAAAAUAGAAUCAAAGACAAAUGGCAUUUGGAAGACACUCUUUCACACGAAUUAGUUCAUUAUUUCGACAACUUGAAGUGGGAAGUUGACUGGCUAAACCUGAAGCAUCACGCGUGUUCUGAAAUAAGAGCUUCCAGUUUAAGCGGUGAAUGUAGAUUUAUGCAGGAGUUUGCUAGACGUGGAUUUAACACGGGAUUCAAGGUGGAGAAAGGUCACCAAGAAUGUGUUAAGAGACGUGCUACUAUCAGUGUGUCCGGUAACCCCAACUGUAAGGAUAUGAAACACGCGGAGAAAAUUGUAGAUCAAGUUUGGGAUUCCUGCUUUAACGACACAAGACCAUUUGAUGAAAUCUACAGAUAA